UUCCUUUUUGUAGGAUUUUCCUCUCAAAGGCAUUGGUGUUCCCGUAGCAGUCGGCCCACAUUCUGCCACGCAUCUGUAGAAACGUGCCAAGCUCUUCGGUGACCUGGCCAAUCCUCUGAGACUGCCGUGCUUUCUGCUCCAUCACCAUGGGGCCAGGGCAGGCGGAGAACUUAAACGUCACUGCUCCCCUUCACAGUCGCCUCCCCGAUCUCGUCCCCAACCCCUUUCCGUGCAGAGUUCGUGCCUGGGCGAGCGGGGCAGGUCUUUCUGAGGGACUCACCCUCCCCGUCUCCCCCCACCCUCAGGAGAACCCCUGGGGAACCUUCCUCGGAACGUGGCAGAUGCCUCGCCGCAUCCCGCAGCCCCGGCCCAACCUGACGGCCCGGAACAGCGCCGGCGCGGCCCGGCUCAUCAGCCAGGUGGAGUCCUCUCCGCUGUACAAAGCCAGCAACGGAUUCGGACUGCAGGCGGCCUUCCCGCACUGUGUGGAGCAGGUCCCGGAGGAGACAUUCGAGGAACAUUGCGCCCGGACCCAGGACACCCCCGCCCUCCCCUCCCGGCUCAGUGACCAGGAGGAAGGGACGGGCGACCCCACGCCCACAGGGACCCCUCCCGCCCAGGUCCUCCCCUCUCCCCCCGGGACACGGGGCAUUGGGAGGGUCGCGACCCCUGGUGCCACCGGACGGGCGUUGGCCAGCCCAGAGGCCCCCCAGGGGAGCCCUGACCCUGCCCUCCAGUGCCGGAGCCCUCUGAUUGGAUGACCCAGCAGAGGUCAGGGUGGGGUCGCGGGGGGGGAACUUGGCGAACUGUGGGGAAACCUUUAACCAAAUAAAAUUGUCG